UAUGAGAACACUGAAGCAAUGAUAGGUGCCUAUACGAGUCUUUCAGCGUUUUGUACCCACUGCCACUGCAGCUGCGGAAGAGAAGCCGCUUUGUCCAAAGCUGUGCGGCCUUCGCAUUCGGUGAACAGAAACUGUCGCUCCUUUCCUCAAAAGCAAUCAUGUCUCCGCGUUUUCUUUCUCUCGUUCGGCGUUGUCUUACACGGCCUCGUGCGGCACUCCCAUGCCCGCGUUGCUCUCAACGCCUCGGAGCUGCAAAGCCGCGGCCCCAAGCCGCAGUACGUUGGCGAAGAAAAGACGCCGGAUUUGGUGAUCAGCAACGCGCUGGUCAGGGACCAGCUUGGGAGCGGCCUGGUUUACGAUCCCGACGUGUAUUACGACGAGGAGGGGAAGCCCCGGCAGUAUCGUUGGAAGGGCGACGCGGACGACGUGGACGGCAUGAGCUGUUUGUUUUCCAAAGACCUCUUGAUCGACUGGCGACAGAUGAAGAGAAUUUUGUACGUCGCGUCCUACCCCGUGGACCCGGAAACGCGGCUGUACCGGACUCUGGGAAAGAUCACUGCGAUGGCGAACAAUUUCGGUUCAGACCGCAACAUGACACAGGUCACGGAUUGCCUGUUUGGAUUUUUAGGCAGCAAGUUUUGGAUGCUGUCCGUGAUCCCGCCCAUCAACUUGCUGGAAAAGUUUUUCGACCGGGAGGAGCACGCGGACAUGCUCACGGACUGGUACGCUUUAACCUUGGACACGCGGUUUGAAGUGCAGGUCAAAAGCGGCUGGGCCGCGAUCCUCUACCCCUAUCUCGCGAACAUGCAGGCGGUCAUGCUGCGGACGCAAAGUGGGAAGAACAUUGAGAAGAGCAUUUGGAAAAACCCGGAAGCGUGUCGGUACGUACACGAAAUCGACCUGGAGCGGGUGCUGCAGGGAAUUUUGAUUUCGCUCUUCGUCCCAACAGCGGGCGCCGCGGCUGGGUUGAAAGUGGUCAGCGAACGGAGAAGAGUGAGUGAGGAGGAGAAACAAGCUGUGAAUGCGCACCGUGCGGUAGAGCGGCGGGACAUCGUCCGAGACUUGGUGCGGAAGCAGCUUGCGAUGUCUUCGAAGUGUGCGGUUGAAGUUGUACCGGGAUCAUCUUCUGAGCAAAGCGGAAAUCUGAUCGGUGAGGUGGAGGAUUUAUUCUCGAUGUCCGACGCCCAACUCGCGUCCCUCUCUCCCAACGAGAUUUCCCAAGGGGAUCCGGGCUUCACGGAAAAGUGGCUGCGAGAGGACGCUACCGUGCGAGACAGACUGCUCGACCCUCACCUGGAUUCUCGCGAACGCACAAGACUAGUUACUUCUUCCUGGGGCGCGACGAGACGGUCCGAGGCCGUGUUGGAUCACGCAAAGGGUUUGUUCCAAACUUCCGUGGAAACUACGUGCAGUGGGGAGCAAGCAGGUGUGGCUGUGUCAGAGGACGAGUCCAGCAUUGCAGAGGAGAAAAAUGCUGUCGCGGCGCUCGUGUCUGAAAAGACCACGGACAAUUUGUUGGAGCGGUUCGGCCCUGGCAUUAUUGCUUUCUUUCGGCGUUGGGGGUUUGGGGUCAAAGGCGAAGAAGCAGAGUACCGCGCUACCCUUUCCGCCACUGAGACUCAUCCCUACGACUGUCCACUUGCUGCCGCGUUUCUCGCCCUCGCGGUGGCGCAUUUUCUGUACGUCGAGGAAAGAAUCUUGCAGGAGGAGAUACUGUUCUUCUGGCUCCAUGUGUCACAGCGUUACUUGCUGUUGUACCAGGAGAUGUACCAGUUCACCUUUUCCAACGUGAUGUUCUUCCGGUACCCAAUAUUCACAGUGAUGGAGCACAUUUCCUACGCCUACCACUCGAACCAAAAACUGAGUGACAGGACCAACUACGACCCGAGCCUACUUCCCGAAGAAUGCAAUUUGGUCUACUGUUCCGAGGGAAAGCAGGGCUUGUCGACGUUUCUGCCGACGCGCGUGCACAGCCUGGAUGAGGUGGCCGACUUGGUUUUGAAUGCUCUCAUUGACGACAAUCUCGUGCGCGCCGAGCACAUGCGGUACUCGACCCCCUCCCGCUAUACCUGCAAAUGUCAGCGUGUGUACAAGACGAUCAAGCGCUCCCAGCGUGCGAAACUCUUUCCAGAGCCGCUGCCGUCCGAGGUUGUGAGUAUAGCGAAACUGCUUUCGAGUAGCUUUUCGCAACUUUUUCCGGAACUGGCGGCUACUUCUGCUAAAAACACGCCGAUUGUUCAGGAGCUCGCAUGGGACUUGGUAAACCGCGUCCCAGUACCCUCCGCGCAGUCUGGACAAGACUUGAGUGCGCUGCGACCCUUGGUGCAGAAGGAACUAGAAGAACUGCUUGCUACCCUGCGUCAUGACCAGGCACAACCACCAAGUGCGACGCUGUCGCCCCCAGUCUUCGCUAGUACAACUCCAGGUCUUGUUUCCUCAGGAGCAAAAAGCGAUCAUCAGUUCCCCCGCGCGCGGACCGCGCCGAUAUGUAUCUUCAUGGUCGACAGCCGGCCUCCAGUGCACAUGAACACGCUCGAUGUAGUGGAAGACGCGUCGUACAUUUCUUUAGCUUACGCCGUGAACGCGCUGUACGCCGAACAGCACGGAUACCGGUUGGAGUUUGUCCUGCCCGACGAGGAGCGGCACUACAAGAACCGCAAAGUCGGGUGGGCAAAGGUGAAAAUUAUCGAGAACCAGUUGCGAAAGUACGGUCCGGAGAAGUGCGCGUACGGUGUCAGCGUCGACACGGACGCGUUUUUUCGGAGCAGCGAAAAGCUGGAGGACAUAAUUGCGCACUACUUCGAUUCCGACAACUGUGAGGAGGACCGCGACCUGAAUUCGCAAGAAGUGCUCGAUGGUGAAGGAAGCGCAGGGGCUGAAGAUGAGGAAGACGAGUAUCGCCCACGGUUCGUCCACGCAACAGACACGAGCCAACUUCCAACCGAAUUUGACCAAAACCUCGCACCCGACGCUCUUUCCCGCGACAACGGCUACAUAGAAACGGAGCGGGACCGUAUGCACGGCAACCCUGGCCCGCACAAGGCAUUGGAAGGAGUACCUGCAGCCUUCGGCGACUACGAAAAAGCCCUCGCUGCUGCAGUCGAAACGCAGAAGCAGCGAGUUUUCCGGAAAGGAGACUACAGAGUCUCGCACACGAACAACAACCCGAAGGAGUGCAAGAAAAAAGACGUGAAAAUGAUGUUUUCCCUCGAGUACCACUACGAGGAGUUCGGGAGGGAGAACACGCAUGCGAACGGCGGCUUUUGGAUUGUGAAGAACGACGCGCUGGGCUUGAAAAUGCUGGAAGAUUGGUACAACGUCCCAGUGGACAACCCGGAGCGAUUCUCCUACUACAUGAAGAAGGGCCACAAAGGCCUCAACUACUGCUUCGACGAGGGUAUGAUGCCGCGGUACUGGCAGAAUGUCCACUUUGCGCACCCGAAGUACUUCACGGCGCCGCUGGGUCUCAUCGUUCGCCACGACUGGCACAAGAAGCUCGGCAAUUUGAGGCACCAGUGCCGGGAGGUACUGCUGCAGCGAAUUUUCGAGCGGGACGGGUGCAUUUUCUGCAACGGGUUUCUGGAAUUGGAAUACCGAGUGCUGAAGGAUGUAGAGUGAGGUUGAUACAUCAAGAAAGCGGACGCAAUCCUUCACCUUCAUAAAAUCAAAACUAUGCAAAACUAACGACAGCGGCCAUCAGUGCAGCUUGGGUCUGUUUGCCGUGAAAAAUAAUGCACCAGUGACGAAGUAGUUGAAGUUUGUUCGCCUUCACGAUUACCAGCAGGUCAAAGUGAUAGAAACGUACAUGAAAGCAUCGCAACCACUUUUUCAGUUUUGUUCUCCAGCUGCGAUCCUCAGUCUUGUGAGCGAGACGUGUGC